AUGGCCGGAUCGAGAAGCGCUGCCAGUCCCACGAAGAGGGCAUCGGCGUCGGCGUCGACAGCGACAGCAUCGCCAGUGUCGGCACCGUCCGCGCCAGCGACUCCCAAAACUAAGCCAGUCGCCGGCCUCACGCCCAAUCGCGCUGGAAUGGCGGCUAGCACGCCAUCUCGCCCUGCCGCCAACGGCGCCUCGGGCCAUGCCAGCUCCCCAGCCUCUGCUGCAAAGCCUGCCGCGGCAGCCACUGUCGACGACGACGUCGAGAUGAGCUCUGCCGUCGCAGCGCCCGCGUCGGCGCCCGGCCCCAAGCCCAAGAAGAAGAAGGCAGAACACUCGGGCACCCGGUGGUCGGCCCACGGCAUGCACUGGGACACGCUCGUCGAGGGCAAGAUGUCGGACCUGCCCGUCGUCUUCACCCGCGACGCCGACUACUUCUUCCUCGCUUCCAAGGCGUCGAUCAAGAUCUACUCGCGCACCACCGGCCAGGUCGUCUCCACCCUCUCGUCUGACGCCCACGCCCACACCGCCACCAUCACUGGCAUGCUCCUCAACCCGUCGAAUCCGCUCCAGCUCAUCACCGCAUCGCUCGACGGCCAGAUCAAGGUGUGGGACUUUCUCGACGGCGUCCUCCUCAAGAGCCUCGACGUCGGCCUGCCCAUCACCUCGCUCGCGGCCCACGAGCUCUUCAGGGGCAUGGUGUUCGUCGCCGUUCGAAAGCCCAGGCACGAGGCCGACAGCGCUGGCGACGCCGGCUCCGGAAAGGGUAGCAAGAAGAAAAAGGCCGGCAAGGGCCACGCCGGCGCCCUCGACGCCCACGACGACGACCCGUCCGCGCGCCACAACAGCAUCAUCUACACAGUCUCGCUCACGGCGACGGCGACCAAGGUUGCGCCUACGACGCCCGGCGCCGCGGUCAAGCCGGAGCUGCUGCGGAUCGGCAAGACGCGCGAGGCGGCCGCGCUCGGCAUCUCGCCCAACGGCAAGUGGCUCGUCGUCAUUGGCAACCGCAAGGUCCAGGUGGCUCGGACGUCGAACCUGCGCGGCGGAUUCACCAAGUUUGUCACGGCUGCCCAGGGGGCCAGCGCCGAGACGGGCGACCGCCUCACCUGCAUGGCCUUCCACCCGACCGAGGAUGCGCGGCUGGUCACGGGCGACGACCGUGGCCGGAUCCGCGUGUGGUACUGCCUCGACGACCGGUACAUGGCCGACACCGACGCAUCGGGCGGCCCUGCCAUGGAGCGGCAUGCGCCCUCGACGGUGCUGCACUGGCACGCCCACGCCGUCUCGUCGCUGGCCUUUACUCCGAACGGCGCCCACCUGCUCUCGGGAGGCGAGGAGGGCGUCCUCGUCGUCUGGCAGCUGGCAAGCUCGGGCGGGAACGGCGCGUCCAAGGAGUUCGUGCCCCGCCUGGGCGCCCCCAUCAGCAGCAUCGCCAUCGCCAACGGCCUCGACGGGCGCGAGCAGGAGUUUGCGCUCGGCCUUGCCGACGGCACCGUCACGUUUAUUGGUUCGAUGAACCUCAAGCCGACCCGAUCGUUUUCGCGGAUCAAGAUCGACUCGUCGCGCCACCUUCUGUCGUCGUCGUCGUCGUCGUCAUCGGCCAACCGGCUCGGGCUGGACAGCGCGGCGCGGCAGGCGGCGCUGGCCGCCAAGGCGCACGGCCUGGCGCUCGCCAUACAUCCCUCGACGGGCAACCUGGUGCUGCCCUCUGGCCAUCCCUCGUCGAUCCAGUUCUACGACGCCGAAAAGGACUCGAACGCCAUGGAGCUCGAGAUCGCCCCCUCGAACCGAGUCUCGCGCGCCGACGACGACCCGAUCGAGCCGACGCGCGUCGAGAAGGUCGUCUUCUCCACCGCGGUCAGCGACAAGACGGGCGAGAGCGGAGAGUGGAUGGUGACCUUCGACUCGCGCAACUUGGUCGACGACGCCGCCGCCGGCACCGCUGGCGACGCCGUCGAAGACGAUGGCGACUCUGACGGCUCGGCCUCGCAGCAGCUCCUGCGCACGCGCGUCAUCAGCGAAUCGAGCCUCAAGUUCUGGCGGUGGGACCUCAUCAACCGCCGCUAUGUGCUCAACACCCGCAUCGACCGCCCGCACAACGGCAAGCGCCUCACGUCGAUCACCUUUUCCCCCUCGUCGGACGGCUACCUGCUGGUUACGACGGGACGCGACGGCAAGAUCCGCACCUGGAGCCUGACGGCGCGCGCGCUCAAGUCCGGGCGCACCGAGUCAUACUGGACCUGCCGCUCGUGCUUCCAGUACCGCGAGGCGAUGCCCCUCUGCAGCUCCUUCUCCCCCGACGGCUCGCUGCUGGCCGUGGGGCAGGGCAGCUACGUCACCUUCUGGCAGCCCGAGACCAACCUGCUCCAGAUGACGCUGAGCUGCCCGGAGCUGCGCCACCGCAUCAAGCAGAUCAAGUUUGUCGGCCCCAAUGGGCGCUGGGUCGUCGUGGCGAGCGCACGCAGCGUCGUGGUGUGGGACCUCGUGCUCGGCCGAGUCUGCUGGCGGCGCGACCGGCUGGGCUUUGGCCCUCUGCAGAGGCAGCUGUCGGGCUGGUCGGCGUCGCCGGGCGGCGCCGAGGGCAGCGAGCGCGAGGGCGGCAUCAGCAAUAUCCUCGGCGUCAUCGACAACGACAAGGACGCCUCGACCUUCUGCCUUGUCAUCAACCGGCCGCGCGAGGUGCGCACCCUCGUCGAGGUCUACCAGACGCCCAGCAGCGCCUCGGCCGCAUCGACGACGAUGGCCGGCCGGCCUCUGGAGCGGUACGCCGUCGACGGCCUCAAGCUGCGCCAGGUCAUUUCGUCGAGCGCCUUGUCGCCGUCGUCGAUCGCAUGGUCCCGCAGCACGCCGGUUGAGGGUCCGCCGCGAGCGCCCUGCCUCAUCGGCUUCACCCAGUCCUACGACCUCGUCCGGCUCGGCGACGCUUCGAAGGCUUCCCCCGCCGCCGGACCCUCGUCGUCGUCGAUCCGAGGCAUCGGUGCUGCCAGGAAGACGCUCUUCGACGACCUGUUCGGCCCGACACUGCUCGUCGGUUCCGCCGAGGCGGGCGACGACGACGACAACGAGGAACGGCGCGCCUCGGCUCUGGCCUCCGACGCAUCGAGGGACGGCGCGGGCAAGGGCGGCAUCGAGCACCUGUUUGCGACGCCGUCGCACCUGCUUCCGCCAGUCACCAGCCUGCUCGACUCGUUUGUCGAUCGGGUGCUUCCGCCCCGCCGCGCCGCAUCCACCGUCAAGGGCGCCGUCGGUGGAACCGCAGCGGGUUCAACAGCACAGCAUACCGCCGGCACGACCGUGGACGGCCGGACCGAGGCCGACGAGGGAGAGAUGGAGGUGGACGAGAAGAGCAAAGCGACCGAGACGACGCGGGAGCGCGACCUGCAGAAGGAGGUGCAGGACGUGCUGCUGGGUGACAUGUCGUUCCUCGUCGAUACGUUCCGGGGAUUGCUCAACGGCAAACCAUCCAACUCGACCUCGCCGUCGCCAUCGAAGAAGCAGCCAGCGCACCAGGCCAGCCGGACGCCGAACGGAACGCCAUCAUCGACGCCCGCCCGCAGUGGCAAGAAGCGCAACCCUACGUCCUGA